AUGGACAGGAACUGAUGUCACGCGUCGUGUCACCAUGGCUCCUGUGGCCAUCCAGGAAGUGUAGCGGAGACAGGAAUCUCCGGGAGCCGGAGAAGUGGGAGAGGGGCCGGGUGUCACCACCCCCCAGGUGUGUCCUGUGCAAUGGAUUUCUCCCGGUUUCUAGCAGAUGACUUUGAGGUGAAGGACUGGGUGAACGCCGCCUUUAAGUCGGUACAGAAAGAUGCUCCCGGAAAGGUAGAUGCACACGCUGCAACCUUAGUUAUGAAACUACAGCUCUUCAUCCAGGAGGUGAACAACUCGGUUGAAGAAAGUAGCCAUCAGGCCCUGCAGAACAUGCCGAGAGUCCUGCGUGAUAUAGAGGCCCUCAGACAGGAGGCCGCCUUCCUAAAGGAACAAAUGAUUCUCGUUAAAGAAGACAUAAAGAAGUUUGAGCAGGACACCGCCCAGUCCAUGCAGGUCCUAGUGGAGAUGGAUAAAGUAAAGUCACGCAUGCAGUUAGCGGAGGAGUCCCUGCAGGAAGCUGAUAAGUGGAGCACGCUUAGUGCAGAUAUUGAGGAAACCUUUAAAACUCAGAACGUUACAGUUAUCUCUGAAAAGCUGACCAGUAUGCAGGUGAGCCUGGCAAUGCUGGUGGAUACUCCCGAUUAUUCCGAGAAAUGUGUGUACCUGGAGGCAUUGAAGAAUCGUCUGGAAGCUAUGUGCAGUCCUCAGAUAGUUGCAGCGUUUAACGGCCAGUCUGUGGACCAGGCCAAGAUGUUUGUGAAGGUAUUCAGUGAGAUUGACAGGAUGCCACAAUUGCUGGCCUACUACUAUAAAUGCCACAAGGUACAACUGGUGUCUGCGUGGCAAGAGUUGUGUCAGAGUGAGAUGACCUUGGAUCGACAGCUGAUGGAUUUCUAUGAUACCUUGAUAAGUGCAUGGCACACACAGCUACAGUGGGUCUCCCAGGUAUUUAAGAAACCUCAUGAGGUUGUGACGGUUCUGUUGAUCCAGACCCUGGCUGCCAUGGUACCGUCUAUUCCUGUGUGUCUCAGUACAGCCAUGGAGCGUGCCAACCCAGAGCACAAGCUCAGCAAUUUGUUAGAAUUGUAUGAGGCCACGGGUCACUUUGCUAAAGCUCUGGAGGUGGCCAUGCUGCCUAACAUAGGUAAGUUCUCCUUCCUACCUGACUGGUAGAUACUGUUUCACUCC